AUGGAAGAAUGCCGUCACCUUGUUCCCUCCCACCUCAUUGCGGGCGCAACGUCUGACGGGUUGGAGCCCUUCGACUCAAACGUCAAUACUGCUCUACCCCUGCCGUCCGGCAUCCGGGCCGACUAUCUCGACAGCCAGUCUCGUUCGAUAGCUUUAGGAAAGUUUGAGGACCUUCUGUUCGGUGACUCGCUGAAUGCGAAGCGAUGGCUGAGCAGACUCGAUGGAGGCAAAGCCAGUAUCGCUAAACGACUCCGCAAGCACGAGACGCUGGGAAAGGUGCUCCUGAAAGUUUUGAAUAUCCCAGGACAACGUCAAGGCUUCAAACUAGGCAUUUGGCGCAAGAUCCUCAUUGCAAGGGAUGACGAGGAAGUGAUGCACUACCUGAUGCACAUAUACAUUACGUUCGUUCGUAUCAUGGGAUCCGAGGAUUCCCUGAAAUUCGUGGACGACAGAGCAGUGAAGGAGUUUGAACUCCGCGCCCCUGGACUGUCGCGCUGCGACGGUGCUCAUGUCUCGCUGGCUGUGCAAAGCAAUAUGGUACUCAAGGGCUUGGCAGACGAGCCUGCGAGAGUACAAGUAGUGUCAACUUGGAAGUACAAACUACUUGAUUCCAUCGCUUUACACUCUUCGGAGAGAUUACUAUUAUCUGAAGCAAUGGUCCGGCGUUAUGAGAGCGUUGAUUUCCGGCAAGCACGGUUCUCUGAUUACGACCAGAACCAUGGCCAGGAAUGCGUUUACAUCGCUCGAGGACCCACUCUUCUCCGAUUUCGAUUCGGAAUUCCUCAACAGCUAUUAAAUCUUGACGGCGAAGAGAAGCCAGAGGCUCGCCAGUACGACGAAGGAGCCUGGCAUCAGCUUGCUCUCCGAGCCCGAGAGUUAGGGUUUUGUUCCGAUGAGAUUUCGCGGCUCUGCUCUGUAAAUCCGGAUCGAGAGGCGGCUACCAAGUUCUUGCUGACUGCUCGGCCGCCACAGUAUUUCGAAUAUGGGCAGAAUUUCAACGAUCUCGUGGAUCUCGUCGUCCAGGUGUUCGAUGAAGCACGACUUGUACAGAAGGAGGUCAGCAAUCCAACGUUCACAAUCAAACAGUUGGGAGAGCCUGUCGCCAGACGGUGUGGUCGCCAGUACUCCAAGGCUUACGCCCGCGACCGUCCUUUCCUGACUCCACAAUGGUUCACAUGCAAAACGGAAAAGAAUUUCGACGUCACCCUCUUUAUUCGUGCGGCGUUGUAUCUUCAACGCAUUUUGGGGCUUCGAAUGGCCGGAGUAUCGACAAUGGGAGAAGUCCAUGCCUGA